AUAUUCCAUUCUACAAAUUGUCUAUGAUCUUAAUUGAUCGAACUUCCAAUUCCAUCUCCAUCUGAACAACGAAAUAAUAAGAAAACAAUAUAGUUAAUCUGAAAUAAUAUCGGUGUAUAAUAACAUUACAAAGAUUAAAGAUGGGUGAACACAUGAAAACCAAUCCUGGUGAAUUUGCUGAAUACAUACAAUCGAUCCUAAAAUUAAACGCACUAGAAAAAAUGACCGAAGAUUUGGAUAGAGAAUUGGAAGAUUCUCAAAAAAUUAUGAUGGAAAUAAAAUCCAUGUACGACUCUGUGUCUACAGUGCCCGGAAAUUACGAACAACCUGCUAACAAUGAGAUGCGACACGAGAACAUAUCGAAAUUCUUGGAAGCCGGCGCUCCGAAAUUGUUGAUGCCAGAUAUGGCUGAAGACAACAUGGAUGUUGAUAUAGAUGAAGCUAUUUCCUCUUUGAAGGGCUACGCUGAGCGUCUUAAACAGUCUUUAAUUGCGCUGGAGCACCAGCCUCCUAGGCCCUCAGGAAUGACUGAUCUUAACUUGGAUCAGUAUGCUCAGAGCUUGGACCAGCUUGGCAAACGUUUGGCUAACAUGAAACUAAAUAAAAAUGAUGAUGUGAAACUGAAAAAUGCAGAACUUGAGGCUAAGCUGCAGCAGCUCUGUGGAGAUGUUAACAUGUUUACAAAGUUGGUUGACUCCAAGAAAACUCUGAGUGAGAGCAACCAGAACUGGACUGAAAGCCGGCAGGAUGGAUAUGAGUUGCAGUAUGACAAUAUUAUAAAGAAAUUGAUCUCAGACCUAAAUGAGGUCUUAUAUCUGCUGCAGAACAAAGCUUAAAUGGUUUAUGUUGUUUUUUUUUUAAAUUAUGGAUCUCUGUUAUUUUGUUGUCAAAGCACAGCUUUUUGUAGAUUGUGGUUCUAAACCCAUUUUUUAAAUUUCAUUCUAAUAAUUCUGCUUCAAGCCACAAAUAUACACAUAUUUUUUUUUCAAAAAUAAUUUGAUAUGAAUAAUCUAACAUAAAUAAUCUCAAGUAGAACCAUAAUAAUCAGUGAUGUAGAACUUUUCCAUAGAUUUAUUACACUAUGUAUGAUUUUUGAGAAAUUUUAUGCAUAUGAAUAUGUAAAAAUUUUGUUUUAAUGUUAGGGUCCAGUGAAGUUUUUAUUAUAUUGUGAUUGAAUAGAUAUACCUAGUUUAGUGAGUAAGAUGUAUGUGUUGGCUGCAUGGCCAUGUAUCUUAAUAAUAUUAGUGUUAGUAUUAAAUAAGUAAUCUCUUAUUGCAAAUAAAAAGUCAGUAUUUU